UAAGAAAUUCGGAUUUUUGCUUUUUUUUUUAGUUUUUACUUUGUAGUUUGUAAUUUUUUAUGGGUAUUACAUGAGUGUAAUAAUAUAUAAAUAUUAAAUUGUAAAUUUCUUAGUUGUUUAUUCUUUGAAACCAUCAAUACUAACCAUUAUACCUGUACAUUUGUAGUAACUACAAUUUUUCGGCACAAUGGCCGAGCAAUAAAAGUAACAUGACAUGUGCGAUGUACACUCAAAUCGAAAAGAAAAUUACUUUCAGUAAUGAGAAUCAUUAAUUCGAUUCGUAGAUUUUUAUUCCAUUUGCCUGGAAAACGGUUUGGAUAUUACAGAGCUAUCCCGAUAUUCAUGAUUGCUGGUGCUGGUCUAGAGUAUUUGAUGAUAACUUGGCGUCCAUUCGGUGUAAAUUUUUAUGAAGUAUACAAACGUAAACAAGCCAAAGAAAUAGCUGCUAUUAGAUUUAACGAGGAACACUAAUGUCUGGAAAUAUAUCAAUUGCUACUUAUGUGAAAUUUUCUCUAAUGGCCAUAACCUCAAUGAUGUUUGGAUCACAACUAGUUCAUAACCAAUACAAACCAUUGGAUGAUUUAGAAGAUUAUGUAGAAAAAGAAAUGGAAAAACUUAAAGCUGCCAAAGAAUUAAAAGUAUAAUGGAUUGGCAGAUUACUUAGCUAAGACAUUUUGUGAUUAUUAUUUAACGAUAAUUAGAUAGAAUAAUGAAAAAUAAAAAUAUUUGAAAAAAAA